AUGUUACUUCUUCUUCGUCGGCGUCGCGCGGGCGCGAGUUGCGCGAAAACUAGGAGAGGCAAAGGGGAAGAGGUAGAAGCAGAGGUGGUAGUAGCAGCAGCAGCAGCAGCAGCAGCUGCUACAGACACCACCCACCCAACCUCACGCACCACACGCACCGACACUGCAUACGCACGGCACCAUCCUCCUCUCCAGCUCCCUCUCCGGCUCCCUCUCCGGCUCCGCCCCCCUCCGUCCGAGCAGCGGCCAUCCUCCUCUCCAGUUCCCUCUCCGUGCCAUCCUCCUCUCCAGCUCAAACAUAAAUACCCUCUCCGGCUCCGCCCCCCUCCGUCCGAGCAGCGGCCAUCCUCCUCUCCAGUUCCCUCUCCGUGCCAUCCUCCUCUCCGUGCCAUCCUCCUCUCCAGCUCCCUCUCCGGCUCCGCCCCCUCCGUCCGAGCAGCAGCCGCUGCAGUGUCUUCGCUCGCUCCCGCUGCAGCGGCCCCGUCCCCCACACCGCAAAGACGGAAGUGGUGA